AUGUAUACGUGUGAAAAGGAAGGGUUCGUUUGGUUUGACAAGAAGGGAAAAGAGUGGAGAAGCGUGAAGGGUGUGAAAGGACUGCCUGAGUUUGAUCGUUUCCGUAGUAAUUUUCAUUUGCUGGAUUAUGGUGGGAACUUGGCGGUUUUAUGGGAGGAUCAUGGUCCUUCUGGGAACUCUCAGGAGAAGAUGAUUUGGUGUGCGGUGAUUGCUAUUGAUCGUUCUAACCCUGAAGAGAUUACAGGGACGUUGGAGUGGUUUGAUGCUGUACUUGAAGUCCCAAACUCUUAG